AAUGCAAUCAAAUGUUUCAAUCAUUUCAUAAUAAGCGCCAAACCAUUGAUCACGUGAUGAAUGUGUUGUUUGUUGUGAUAAUCGCUUUGAAAGCAAUGAAUUGCCCGACAAUUGACAAAAGCAUUGAAACCAUUGAACGCUUGAAUCAAUGAAUUGGACACCAAUUGUAUGACUGGUUUCGGCGGACAAACCACUCAAACCACACAAUCAUCUCAAGACACUCAAGAGAUGAGAGAUUUACACAAUCGUUGCUUUGGUGGCAGAUAUUGGUUCGUAAAAGACGUCUGCGGCAUAAUCUGCGCUCUCUUUACGUACGGUCUGUUGAUGUUUGCGGAGUAUGUGGUCAUACAAGUGAUCAUAAUUCCCGAACAGAACCUCAUCUAUAAGACCAUCAAUUUUAUCAUCUUUGAAACGCUGGCCUUUUUGGCACUCACUUCACACGUGAGGACAAUGUUAACGGAUCCGGGUGCUGUCCCGCGGGGAACGGCCACUAAGGAGGCCAUCGAACAGUUGGGCUUAAGUGAAGGAACAGUACUAUACAAAUGCCAGAAGUGCUGCUCAAUAAAGCCCGAGAGAGCACAUCAUUGCAGUGUAUGUCAGCGAUGUAUCCGCAAAAUGGACCAUCACUGUCCGUGGGUUAACAACUGUGUCGGUGAAAACAAUCAAAAGUUUUUUGUUUUAUUCACUUUAUAUAUAGCAAUCAUAUCGUGUCACGCAUUGAUCCUUUCGGUCACACAUUUCUAUAAGUGUAUUGACAACGACUGGAAAAACUGCGGGACAACAUAUGUGGAUCCGGUGAGUGGGUCGACCACAUCGGCGCCGACCCCCUGGACGAUCAUCCUAUUGGUGUGUCUGGUGUUCGAAGCGCUACUGUUCGCUAUAUUCACGCUAAUCAUGUUCGGGGUUCAGGUGCAGGCCAUAUGGCACGACCAGACAGGCAUCGAACAGCUCAAGAAAGAGACCAACAAAUGGCAUCAAAGGCACUCCUGGAAGAGCUUCACAACAGUGUUCGGCAAAGGGUUUAGUCUUCAGUGGUUCUCUCCCUUUACAAGAGUAUCCAUUGGCGGCAGAGUUGAGACCAACUUCACACAUGCUGUAUAACGCGUACACUCUUUUAUUAUAGUCAAUGGCAUACCUGUGCUCUAAAUUUACCACAAUUUAAACUUAAGAUUUUUCGAUCGAUUCAAUCGAUUUGUUUAUUUAUUUUUUAAUAGUAUUAGUAGUUUAUAACUUGUAAUCAUUGAUUUAGUGAAAACAAAUGAAUUAUCUGUAAAGUGAUACC